CCGACCAUCGGUCGUGAUAAUCGUGGUGGCUCGUGGAUCCGGCAGUCUUCUACAAAAGUGUUUUCCAUGCUAGAAAUGCAUGCGCCGUGUACCUAUAUUCAACGAGUGCAACGGGAAUGAGAACAAAGUACAUGUUGUAGUAGUUUUCCCGCAACGUGCUUUCCGUGUGAUACCGCAACCGCACCACCCCACCGCCAGACCAGGUGCUACCGUGAAAGAAUUUUCAUCAAAUGUAAAUCGCCCCAUAAUCGCAAAAGAUUGUAGCAUCCAAAGCAUCCUUUGCCAACGCAGGUAAGCAUAAAUGGAAUUGAGAGGAUCGAACAAUCAUAUUCGGAGGCUACGGAGUGGAUGCUUGUUGGGAGAACGGAAGUGAGAUUUGCAAGGGGGCUUAAGUUGCAAAAAAUAAGCUAAAGGAAGGACCAAACACGGCACAGAAGAAGGCGAUUGAUAAGCCGCUUGCGGGGGGGAGAGAACGAAAAGCAGUAGUUUUCUACGAGUCGAAGCCGUUCUUGAACUAUUUUACCCCAUUGACACGUUGGAGACAGCCUUAACGAGCGCCGGGGUGGCAGCUAGAUCGACGGCCAGGCUCACAAUGGCACGCCAUAUAAUGGCGGUUUGUGUCGUGUGUUUGCUGUGUGCAGACCAUGUCCCAUGCAAGCAACACUUUGGCGAUGAACCCUCCGGAAGGGAAGCAGGCAGAGGAUCGCCCAGCGGGACGUACACAGUCCUUGAGAAGGCUGGACACGAUCAGCUGCUAACCGAUCAUCAGCGUCAGCUAGCGUCCGCCUUCGACAGUGUUCCGGGGUAUCGUCAACAGCAGGAUGAACAUCGGAUAGUAAAACGUCACCAACAUCACCAUGGGCACGACGACGAGGAGCAUGAGCACGGUGAACACGACAAACAGGAGACUGAAUUCAAUCGGCUACUGAAGGCGAAGGUGGAUCAGUUCGUGAAGAAAAUUUUCACCGAGUUUGGCAACCCGGAAAGUAUGACCAUGACCGUGAAAGGAUUCGAGAGUAUGAUGCAGAAGUUGGAUAUGUAUCGAUUGGUUUCGGACGGUGGAGCUGAGGAAGGGUCUGAAAAAAGUCGAGUUGGCUCAAGUACGAGCUUAAACCUAAUCAGUGGCCAGAAUGGGCAAGCGCAACAGGCAGAUUCUUUUAAGUGUAUAAACAGUAGUGAUUUUCUCCGGCGCAUCACACCACCAAGGAUACGAUCGCAGGAGUGGGAAGAGGAGACGGCAGCUUCAAGUGAUAAGCUUAAUUACCGUGCGACGGAAGAAGGCAGCAAUAGCAACACCACUACUGAUUCCAGCACUAGUAGUGGCAGUAGCAAGGAUAGUAGUUCUACUCCGAUUGCCAGCAGCGAUAGGAGGAUAGAAAACACAACCAGUGAUGGUAGUAGCUCCAACAAUGUGAGUAGUUCAACGGAAGGGUUCAGUUUUGAGAUGCGAGUACCACAACAGGAGGCGCUUGUGAGUAGUAGCAGUACUAGUAAUACUAACAGGAGUAGUAGUAGUAGUAGUAGGGUAAGCAAUAGUAGCAGCAGUUCGAUUCCGGAACAUGUGCCGGUGGUACAAUCGACUAUUAUGUUUGGUGAACGCGAUCUUUACAACGUAUGCCCGUUGUUGCUUGCCCAACUGCUGUCGCCUGUGCCGCUCGAGCGGGCAGGAUGUAUUGAUGCGGAUAGUAUACCAGCAGUACAAGUGACCAGCUUACACCACGAUCAUCACCAUCAUCACCAUCACAAUGGGGAGUCGACCGAUGCUGCCGUGUGGAUCUACUCGUCCAUUGCCAUCCUUGGCGUGAGUUUAUGUGGACUGCUCGGAGUCGUGGUGAUUCCCUGCAUGGACAAACACUUCUACCAUCAUGCACUGCAGUUUCUGGUUGCCCUGGCCGUCGGUACGCUGUGUGGUGAUGCACUGCUGCAUCUGCUACCACACGCCAUGAUGAGCUCGUCCUCAAGCGCCAGUGCGCACGAUGCCAUGAUGUACAAGGGUUUGGCGGCGGUCCUGGGGAUAGUGUUUUUCUACUUCAUGGAACGUUUCCUGACGGUGAUCGCGGAGUGGUACAAGAAUCGGGAAAAGAAGGGCAAACCAUCGUCGAGGGUUCGUGUUAUGCGUGACCCGGAAUCGGCCUCGCUGCACGCGUCGAGCGCUGGUGAGAAGCAGUGCAAGCACAAGUACAGCUCCUACCCAUACUGUUACGAUGAGAUUGCCAUGGACACGAAGGACGACCAUCACGAGCACAACCGGACGAACGAAAACCACAACAAUGCACUGGCAAAGUGCGCCAACAAUCACCACACCGGCGGGGGUGCGCAUGCCUCAACGGCGACCGAUCAAAACGUCACCGAGUAUACAGUACUGAACCACAACCAUCAUCAUCAUCAUCAUCACUCGGGGGAGGAAGUUACCAACGCGGAUAACAAUACGGUGUCCACAAAUCUGGACGAUGGAUCAAUCGAGAGUGAGCAGGCACAGAAUCAUAACGCCAGCUCACAUGGCAAAGUGGACGCUGCCGGCGGCGGUGGAAAAGUGCGCCAAGAAAACUACACGAUUAUUCUGCGUGAGCAUGAAACGAAGCACCACGGACACUCGCACACGCACGGUCACGUCCAUUCGCCACCGGGAUCGCUGUCGGCCGUUGCCUGGAUGGUGAUCAUGGGGGAUGGAUUGCACAAUUUCACCGACGGCAUGACGAUUGGGGCGGCAUUUGCAAACAACAUUGCCGGCGGGUUCUCGACUGCCAUUGCAGUGUUUUGCCACGAGCUACCGCACGAACUGGGGGACUUUGCGGUACUGCUGAAGGCGGGCAUGUCGGCGAAGGAGGCGGUGUACUAUAAUCUGUUGUCUUCGCUGCUCAGCCUGCUCGGUAUGGUUGUUGGCAUCAUCGUUGGCCAUCAACCGGAAGCAUCAUCCUGGAUCUUUGCCCUGGCUGCUGGAAUGUUCCUGUACAUUGCGAUGGUAGACAUGAUCCCCGAGUUAACGUCAUCCCACGGGGCGGAAGAGCGCUGUAAGACAUCCGAGUUUUUGUUGCAGUUUCUUGGCCUAACGCUUGGCUUCAGCAUCAUGAUGGUCAUCGCCAUGUACGAACACGAUUUGAUGGAAAUGUUUACAGUAGUAUUCCAAUACGUAAUCCUCCUUCGCAGUGCUCAGAAGAUUAAUAACGCGAAAACGAUGAAAUAUCCUGGCGGCAAUCCAUCCACAAUGUUCUGCGAGCAGGUGGGCACCGUGACGUCCCUGUUCGAGCAGUGGAACGACUGCGAGCGCACCGUCGUCCUGUACGCGCUCCUGAAGCGCGUCCCGUUCGCCAACCUUAAGUUUCUGCAGGUAUCGAUCGAUUAUAAUCUCGCACAGAACUACAGCACGCAGUCGAAGCUGCUGCAGCUGGAAACGAAAGCCAACAGCACGGCGCUGCUGAGCAAGCUGGUACAGAAGUACUAUCGAUUGAGCGGCCACACCAAUGCCUCCGCGUCGCUGCUCAUCGGUGGGCCUCAUCUGAAUAACAACAACAACAACACGCACAGUGUGAACAACAAUCUCAAAGCAACAAACGAAUCUUCUUCGCUGUACGAUCUGCUAAAGAAAUCCGAGGGUGUCCCGCUGCCAGCCAGCACCGAUGAAUCUCCGUCGUCCGCUUCGUCGUCGUCGCGCUCGGUGUCGGCCUCCGUUGGGACCACGGCUACGAUUACGGUAACAGCCAGCAGCGUGCCGGUUAAGAAUGGUACCACCGGAAGCGUCGGUCACGAACCACAGCAGCAGCAGCAGCAGCAGCGGGAACCGGAAACGAUGGAAGACAUCCUGAAAGAUAUUCUCAUGUACCUGCCGUUGUUGGCUCCGGGCAAUGACGAGGCGAAGAGCAUGUACAUGUCGCUGAUUCCGGCUGCGGUUGAUGACGCCUGUCGCCAGCUCGUACCGACGGAGAUCGUGCAGCAGACACUGUCCUAUCUGCUUAUUCAUCCAGCGAUAACGAACGACGAUCGACGUGUACUCAGCCACUGGCUGCGGUACUUGGAGGAUUUCAUCUCGACGUCCUACCUUCCCCCAUCGUCCGCAGCAACGAUUACCAAGAAUCGCAAUUUCUUCAACCUACAACAGACCAAUGCAAAUGCUGGCAGCAAUGGUAGUAACAACGGUAGUGCUUUCCCUGCGGUCGGAAACACACCCGCACAACAAUUCCUAACCACAUCUACCGCAUCUGGUGGCGGACUGGGGUUGAGCUCCUGGAACGCAAACCUUCACCCGGGCGUUACGUCGGUGCCGUUGAAUCAACCUCCGUUGUUGACCGGUCCGCCGCAUCACCAGCAUCAUCACCAUGCACCACCUGCGCUUCCUCCCGUACAACAGAAUGGCCAAUCGGCACUGUCCAAAUCGCAACAGAGCCUAAACCAGACGACCGUCGCACAAGCAGGCGGGAAUAGCAAUACUAGCAGUAGUAACAUCAACAGUAGUAGUAGCUCCAGUUCGAGCUCUAGCUCGACUACCAGUUCCAGCUCCUGUCUGGAUAGUGGCGCCUCGCAGUUGCUCAAGUGUGCGUCUUCGCCACGACAGCACUCGGAUUGGACCAUCGCCGGAGCACGGGAAGACAUAAAGUCGUCGAACGAGUUCAGCAAGACGAUCGGGCAAAAUUUGAUCGCAUCUAGUCAAGCGUUGCCGGGAGGAGGAGGUAACGUUGUCAAUGGCAACGCAAGCAAUGGAGUUUCGCUUCCCAGAUUGUUGUUACACAACAAUCAGCAGCAAAGGCCUACUUCGACGACGACCUCAUCCUCAUCGGCAGCAACUGUUGCUGCGUCCAACACCGAAAGUGAGGCGCAUCAUGAUCUCAUGGCCGCGACGGAAUCGCUGCUCUACGACUCCACCGACGACCAUCACAUUUCGUUCAGCAAGAAUGGGACGGAAAUAUUCGACUAUGAUUGUGAUUUUGAGAACGAGGACGAGUUUAACUUCUUGACACGUAACGCGGCAGCCAUCCGGGCAGCAUCGUCCACCGCCGUGCCGCACGCUGCUUCGGCUGGUUCCGGAGUAAGCGGCGGUGGCAAGAAGCUAGUUUCGUUCGACAGCAACGUGAGUGAUUUCUUGCGCGUACCGCCUCUGCCCAGCUACGGCCAUCAUCAUCACCACCAACACCAGCAACAUCUUUCUCACGGUGCUGGCGAUGGUGGAGGGUUGCUCGAUCUAGACAUAGACGGCACACUCAUGAAGACGCGUCGCUCGAACAGCCUCACGACGCCAACGACUCUGUCCGCGCUGGGCGGUGUCGGCGACCUGCUGCAUCCGCAGCAGAAACAAAACAACGAAUGUCUAUCGGCGGAGAACCUUACCAACUUGCAGCUGCUGCAGAACAAACCGCGCAGCUUUUCGCUCACGAUGGAAAGCCCCCGCUCGUCGCUCGCUUCGAGCGGUUCCGACACGCAGCUGGAUGACUACAAGCAGGGUAGUAGCAGCCUGAUGAAGCUUUACGGCGGUGGGCCACCGAACGUGGGCAUGUCGAGCAUCGCGCACUGGCUAAAGAGCCUGCGGUUGCACAAGUACGUAUGGCUGUUCUCCAAUCUCACGUACGACAAGAUGCUCUCCAUCACGGAGGAGUAUCUGCAAAGUCUGGGCGUCACGAAGGGUGCCCGCCACAAGCUGGCCAUCUGCAUCCAGAAGCUGAACGAACGCUACGGUACGCUGCUGCAGCUGGAGAAGGACCUGAUUGCCGGGCAGAAGGCGCAUCUCGGGACGGUGCUGGAGGAGCUGACGAACAUCGUGCUUACGCCAAUGAAACCUAUCGGGAUGGACCAACAGGAGGACAUUGCUGGCCAGUUCGUGAAGGUGCUAGAUCUGGUUGGUUCGAUCAUCCUUAUGCGACCGGUUUGUAGUCAGCAGGACGAAGAGUACCUGAACAUUUUCAUGUGGAUUGUGGAGCGCGCCUUGCAUAACGACGCGUUCCUAGCGCACUCGGGUCCGAUGAAGGAACACAAGUUUAAGGUGUCGAAGAUCAAGAUGCAGCUGACGCCGAAGGGACACUUUGCCAAAAACACGAACGUCGCCGGUCCCGGCAUCAAUAAACCCAGAUGGUCGGUGAACAACAAACACAAGCCAGCUAACCUGAACGAAUCCCAAUCGAAACCGCACCGUAAGAGCUCGGUGCCGUACUUUGUUCCGCCCGGGCACGGGAACUCCAUUUGUCAGCCACAAUCGCAGACCUUAAUGCAAGCAAUGGCUCAUCAGUACUUCCACCAUGGCAAUAACAACGGCAAUGGGACCGCCAACUACAACAAGAGCUCCUCUUAUCCCAGUUUUGCAUCCACGCUGCACAAUGGGAGCGGAAUGAAACCGAGCACGAACACGAACAACCCGUCCAUUCAACAACAGCAAUCCCAUCAGAGCCAUCCGCAAUCCCACUCCACCCAAGUUCCACCUCCCUCGCUGCAGCAGCCACCACCACCGGCGGCCAUGCAGCAUCCCAACUUCAUGUUCCAUCGGCACUCGCUGAGCAGCAUUACGCACCACAAUCCGGCCACCUCUGGCCCCCUGGUACCACCGCCUCCCAUUUUUAUGACGAACCUUGGCCCGCUGCCAACCGAUAGCUGCGGUCCAGCCGGGAUGAAUGCGGAAAAAGGUAACGGCGGUAGUGGUGGCGUCGGUGGAGAUUGCGGUGUAGGCGUAGCCAACGAGAUCGUUCUGCGGCCAGGCCAAAGCAAUAGCAGCAGCACCAGCAACAGCAGCACUAGCAGCAGCAACAACAACAACAGCGGCAAUAGCCAUAACAGCAGCAUUGUCGAUAUAAACUCCCGGCUCGAGUUUCUCUGCCGGCAAAUGACGGAGCAAGCGAUUAACUAAUUGAGAGAGAGACACACACACACCCCUGGAAAAGGGUAUCCGAAUGCGUGAUAUAGACAGGCAGCAGGCAGGCGUAUAUGGUAUGUUAAGGAAGGAUGUAGAUUUUAAGUACGAACAAUGGAACGACGCGCCGCUACUGCGGCCCCGAUAAAGCGACGUGGGAGAAGAGAGGGUGGGGGUAUAGAAUUGUCUACCCCCUGUGUUACGAUGGUCGCGCGAGGACGGUGGACCAUAUGUGUACUUUUUUCGACGGGUGUGUGUAUUUCUCCGAGCGAGACGACACACACGAUCGUGAAGAGAAUUGUUGUUUUUGUGUAGUAACUGUUCAGAAUUAACUUUUCAAACGCUCGACCGCGCGCACUACUACUACAACUAUUACUAUUACGAUUACUACUAUUUAUAUGUAGAGGACAAGAAAAAAACAACACCGUAGAGCAAUUUUUCGCUAAACUACUUUCUCACAAAGUUCUUCUUCGCAAUGGCUUCCGCCAUCACCUCCUGCGCAGGUUGAUGGUGCCGGAAGGUUGCGGAGGAAACAACUAGAUGCUACAAAGAGAACCAUUUUACUCCUAGAAUAGGAACAACAAACACACAUACACAGUUUUGAUGUUGAACGUGUUAUUUGUGUUAAGCUUUUGUGUUAGCACAGCCGGGAAGCAAACCACCAUUCUAUCUUGACGAUACAUAUAACGGAAACUAUAACCUGGUUCAGUGCCAAGGACCGACCGACCGGUCAGCCGGACGGGAGGACAUCCUGUGGAGUGUGUACAGUGUACUAAAAUGUACGUAACGAAGAUCGGAACACACAAAAAGAGAACGAUCGAAACAGUCACGGCGGGUAUUCGGUAAAAGAAGAAAGUAUUUAUCUUGUUACGUUUUAUUUUUUAAUGUACUGUUAUGAUUAGGCGUUUAGCGAAUCGUUUGACAAUGUUUCCUUGUUUGUCCCACUCUCGUGUAAAGAUAUAAAUGUAACUCGAUACAUAUGGAAUACAUGAGGGCGCAUAGGCGUAAGGAUGAAAGGAGUGAAACUAUGUUCCCCCCUGUCCAGUCGAAAUGUUCAUCCAGUCCAACAUAAUGAAACUGUUACGGUAAAGUGCGUUCUGUCACACACCGUACUCGAUAAGUGGAUAAUGCCCAGUAAAAAAUAUGAAAAAUAGGAUUUAAAAUAAAACGAUGGACAGCGCUUUCUCCGGGAAAAGGCGGCACCCCAUUAUAUACACAAACAGAGCACCACAGCCGGAGCUGUUUGUGGGAAUGAGCAAAA